AUGAAGUCUGUCAUCGCAACCACCCUCCUUGCCCUCUUCAGCACUUCCCUAGCAGCACCAUCAACCUCCAUCGCCGAGCGCGACGUCACCUUCGCAACCAUUGCUCUUUCCAACGACCAGACAGGUGCUUACGGCUCUGCUCAAAUUCCCAUCAACGGUGUCACUAUCCUCAUCAACAGCGCCUUUGCCAACACUGGCAUUACUCAGGGUGGCGCCUUCACAGCUAGCUCCGCCUCCUUAGUUGGUGGCCUUGCAAAUAACCCUUCCUGCACGAUUGUUGGAGCCGUUGGUGGUAACGUGCUAGGACAGUUGAAUGCUCAGAAGACAUAUGCAAAGUUUGGUAACCCAAAUAUGCUUGAGACUGUCAGUCUGAAGACUGGAGCGAUUACUUGUACUGCUUGA